AUGGUGCUGAACGACUACCAGACGAUCGACCGCGAGGGCCGCUUGAUGGGUCUCGGGAAAUUCAGCCCUCCGCAAGACUGGGACACCGGGCGCAACAGAACGUGGCACUUCUCCUACCAGCGUGUCGGCUUUGCCAACAAGGUCCACGUGUUUUGCUCGUGCAACCCGGAUGGCAAGUUCCUCGUGCAAGCGACGGAGGAGGGUCGAGAGCAUGCCGCAGCGCAGGAUCCACCUCCGGGCGAGAGGCAGUACGCGGCACAGCCGACAUCGGUGGGUGUCCACCGCGUGGGCCUGCAGCUGCAGAACUACGUGGUUGACCCCAAGGCCUCAGACUGGGAGGAGCUGUUUGGCAACGAAGGUCACUUCAGUGACUUCAUGAGCCAGUACAUUAUUUCCGCCCUGGAGGCCGACGCCGUGCGUGUCGACCCUCCCAAGGGUGGCGGCACGCGUUCGUGGGCGUACCGCGGCAGCGUGCCUGAUUCGCCCCCGUGGCUCCUGUACCUCGUACUCACCGGGGCGGGCGCUGGUGGCUGCUACUGGCUCUACCAGGCCUUGACGGGCUCGAACGAGAAGGGGGAGACGUGA